AUGGCAAGCCGCAGACCACCGUCUCGCGCCAAGGCACCUCCCCCAGCCCCUCGUUCUCGCUCCGCUCUGGGUCGUCCAGUAGAUGACAACGAAACAAACAUCCAGGUCGUUGUCCGUUGUAGGCGUCGCUCUGAACUCGAAAUAUCCAACAAUUCGCCCAUUAUCGUAUCAUCCAACGGUGCCAAAAGUACAGAAAUAUCAAUAGAGACCGCUGUACCAGCUUCAAGCCUCGGCGUUGUCUCCCUUCCCCCAGUCAGAACAUACCCUUUCGAUGUCGUGUUUGGGCCAGAGGCAGACCAGGCUCUCAUCUACCACGAAGUGGUGGCUCCCAUGUUGGAGGAGGUCGUCAUGGGAUACAAUUGCACGCUCUUUGCCUACGGUCAGACCGGGACGGGCAAAACCUAUACGAUGCAAGGGGACCUUAAUCCAACUCCUCUCGGAAACCCUUCUGCCCACGCGGGCAUGAUUCCGCGUGUCCUAUUCCGGCUUUUUCAUACUCUCGAGUCCUCCGUCGCCGACUACAGCGUCAAGAUUUCAUUUAUCGAAUUAUAUAAUGAAGAGCUCCGCGACUUACUCGCCCCCGAUCUAGCCCCUCCUUCCACUCAUGUUCAACCGAUGGGUCAUUCAGGCCAACGUGCUCAAGAAGGUCUCAAGAUUUUUGACGACGCGUCGAAACACGGUGUAGUCAUCCAGGGCCUCGAGGAAAUCCCUGUCAAGGAUUCAGCAGACGCUCUUGCUCUACUUACUAAAGGCAGUGAGCGCCGCCAGAGCGCGUCUACUAACAUCAACAACCAUUCUUCUCGCUCACACUCCGUAUUCUCCAUCACCGUCCAUACUAAAGAAUCCAGCCAUGCAGGGGAAGACUUGCUCAAGAUUGGCAAACUUAAUCUUGUCGACCUCGCUGGUUCUGAGAAUAUCGGUCGAUCUGGCGCCGAAAACAAGAGAGCUCGCGAGGCAGGAAUGAUCAACCAGUCGUUGCUCACUCUAGGCCGCGUUAUCAAUGCACUUGUGGACAAGGCGCAGCACGUCCCCUAUCGUGAAUCUAAACUAACACGGCUUCUUCAAGACUCAUUGGGUGGAACUACCAAGACAUGCAUUCUGGCUACCGUUUCCCCUGCGCGCUCGAACAUCGAGGAGACUCUUUCAACUCUCGACUAUGCCCUUCGCGCGAAAUCAAUCCGCAACAAGCCUGAGCUCAACCAGCGCAUGACGCGCAACUCCCUCCUGAAGGAAUACGUUGCUGAAAUCGAACGAUUGAAAGCGGAUGUCUUGGCAGCGAGAGAAAAGAACGGGAUAUUUUUCAGUGAAGAAUCAUGGACCCAACUCAGCAACGAGCACGAACUGCGUCAGACGGAGCUCGAAGAAGCCAAGAAGCAAGUCGAAAUUGUUGAGGGCCAGAUGCGGAAUGUGCGCGAGGAGUUUGAGCAGAGUAUCGGGUUGCUGAAGAAGCGGGAAGGGGAGUUGAACGAAACUCGGGAGCAGCUCAAGGAAGCAGAGCAAGCCCUCGAAAACAAGAAUGAAGAGCUGAAUCGCGCUCUUCUGGCUCUUGAGCAAGAGUCAAUUGUAAGGCAGGCGCAUGCCGAAACGGAAGAACGCCUCAAUGAUGUUGCGGUUGGCCUACGAGGCGUUGUUCGCGAAACUAUCAAGGAUGUCGAUAGUCUUCACAGUAAACUCAGUCGCACUUCCAGUACGCUGCGGGCAAACACCCAAGUUGUUCUAGCCCAAGGAAAAUCAAUCUCUUCUUCCACAAUCGCCCUCUCCCGUAAACUGGACGAGUUUGUGAAGAGUUCUGCCGCAACCACUUCCAAACUGCGGACAGAGGCAAAGGAGUUUGAGGCCAAAGAACUCGAAACGCUAGCUGGAUUCACAGAACGCGUCAACGAACAGUUGAAGCGCGUUCAAGCAGCCCUUGCCGUGGUCCAAGCUAAAGACACCGCUGAAGCCGAUGCGCUUGCGAUCGUCAAACAAGUCGUGAAAGACACCUACGAAGCCUUUAAGGUCGGAUUUGGUGCCUGGAGUUUGUCUCUCAAGCAAACCUGUGAGACCGCGAGUGCCGCCGCCGAGAGUACAGGAACUACAGCUUUCGACUCAGCUGAAGCGGCUGUUAAGACGCUUGCUACUCUGGUCGAGACCUUGGCACAGGAGGCUCAGUCUUUCGUCGAGUCAGAGCACACAACUGUAGUACAGGUCAAAUUGCUAGCGGCCAACGCCGCAACGGCAGAAGUGGAACGCCUCAAAGCUCAAAACGAGGUCCUUACUCAACUGCUUGCCAACGAGAAACUCAAGGGUGAGAAGGCCAAAGACGAGCUACUUCAACGCGUCUCUGGCUUGCUCGGUGAAUUCGUUCAGGACCGUGAUCGUAGUUUACGUGAAGCCGUCGGGGUUGUCCAAGCUGGAAAUGUCGAAAGCACCAAAGCGAUGCAGGCCUUCAAGCAACAGCACGCGGAGCUUACUGCGACUAUGGAUGCCAGCGGGAAACAGACCACGGCAAGUUUGACGAGGGCUUCUAAGGACGCAAAGAGGACGCGAGACGGCACUCUCAAGUCUUUGGCCGAAUCAAAGAGCGAAUUUGGCGUCCAGCUCUCGUCAAUGCAGACAUCGAUAUCCGCAUCUGUCGACUCUUACUCUUCGGAGAUACAAAGUCAGGUCAAGACGAUGGACGCCUCUUCAAGCGCGGCAUUCGACAGACAGACGCAUGCAAAACGGGCGCGUAUCGAAGCAACAAACUCGCUUGGUGUCGAGAUCCAGAGUGAAUUUAAAUCGGUCCAACGGGCUUUCGCGUCGACUUCACGCAAUAUUGAGGGUGCCGUGGCCCAUAUGGCUUCAGAUAGUAACACCUUGUCGAAUGCUACGGAAAUCUACCAGAAGGCUUCCAAUAGCGAGCUUUCUUCAUUGAAGGAAGCCACCAAGUUGCUUGGGGAACAAGGGACCAAAGCAGACGCGCCAACUGGUCACACGCCGAAGAAACGGACAUGGCAAUAUGUCGACAAGUGGGAGCUCACAAAAAGCAGGGCAGAACUGUUGAAGUCACGAGGGCCCGUGGAUGAAGAGGAGGAGCAGUUGGAGGAACAGAUGGCGGUCGAUGAAUCACCACCGAAUUCGCCAAUUGCGGUGUCGCUAGCAUCCUCGACAUCAUCAACAAUGAUGCCGCCGCCGCAAAUUCCUGUUCUGAAGAAGACGAAACCGGUGGUCGUGCCGCUGGUCGACGCGAGAAAUGUGUAUACUACGAGGAGAAGAGGACGGUAG